AAAAAAGAAAGCGGGAGGAGGAAGCGUGCGGACAUGAACUGAGCUGGAGCGGACUUUGUGAGAAGAGUGCCGAGUCCAGCUGGUCUGGGUUUCUUUGUAAUUGCUGCCAUGGGAAGAUACUUGACUAUGCUGCUGCUGCUGAUGCUGCUGGUGCAGCAUUUUGGAAACUGUGAAGGAAAUCAAAGGCCACAUCAUGCUCCAUCAAUGCAAUUUACAGAAAUACAGUAUAAUGCCACUGUGUAUGAGAAUUCUGCAGCCAAGACUUACGUUGGGCAUCCAGUGAAAAUGGGCAUUUACAUUACAAAUCCACUGUGGGACAUAAGAUACAAAAUUAUUUCUGGUGACAGUGAGAACUUGUUCAAAGCUGAAGAGUAUGUUCUUGGAAACUUUUGCUUUUUGAGAAUACGGACCAAGGGAGGAAACACAGCUAUCCUUAACAGAGAGGUGAAGGACCAUUAUAUGCUGACUGUUAAAGCAGUUGAAAAAAAUACAAAUGCUGAAACGCGCACGAAGGUCAGGAUACAGGUGCUGGAUACAAACGACUUGCGGCCUUUGUUUUCUCCAACAUCUUACAGCGUUUCUUUGCCUGAGAACACAGCAAUAAGGACCAGCAUCGCAAGAGUCAGCGCCACAGAUGCAGACAUAGGAACAAAUGGAGAGUUCUACUACAGCUUUAAAGAAAGAACGGAUGUGUUUGCCAUACAUCCGACUAGUGGAGUGGUAGUUCUGACUGGUAGACUUGACUACUCGGACACAAAACGUUAUGAGAUGGAAAUUCUUGCAGUGGACCGUGGGCUGAAGCUGUAUGGUAGCAGCGGCAUAAGCAGUAUGGCAAAACUAACGGUUCACGUAGAGCAAGCAAAUGAACAUGCCCCUGUCAUUACAGCUGUUCCACUGACUCCAUCAGAGUCAGAGCCAGAUCCCACGUACGCACUUGUAACCGUAGAGGACAAUGACCAGGGUUCCAACGGGGAAAUAGCAUCAUUAAAUAUUGUUGCAGGAGAUGCGCUCCAACAGUUCAAAACAGUGAGGUCUGUUCCGGGUGGCAAAGAAUACAGAAUAAAAGCCAUUGGUCCCAUUGACUGGGAGAGUCACCCUUUUGGAUACAACCUUACCCUUCAAGCUAAAGACAAAGGGAAUCCCCCACAAUUUUCUUCUGUAAAAGUUGUUCAUGUGACAUCUCCACAAUUUAAGUCUGGUCCUGUCAGAUUUGAAAAAGAGAUCUAUAGAGCUGAAAUAAGUGAAUUUGCUCCUCCAAACACACCUGUGAUAAUGGUGAAAGCUGUGCCUAGUUACCCACAUUUAAAAUAUGUAUUUAAAAACACACCAGGAAAAGUAAAAUUCAAUUUAAACACUCACACUGGUCUUAUUACCACAUUAGAACCCAUAAAAGCACAGUAUGCAUCCCAUUUUGAACUUGAAGUUGUGACAAGUGACAGAAGAGCUUCUGCAAAAGUAUUAAUUAAGGUACUAGGCAUGAAUAGCAAUCCUCCUGAGUUUACUCAGACGUCCUAUAAGGCCUCCUUCGAUGAAAAUGUGCCAAUAGGUACAAGUGUCAUGAGAGUGAGUGCAAAAGACCCUGAUGAAGGGGAAAAUGGUUAUGUGACCUAUAGCAUUGCCAAUCUAAAUCAUUUGCCAUUUGUGAUAAACCAUUUCAGUGGGAUUAUUAGUACCUCAGAACACUUGGAUUAUGAAUUGAUGCCAAGGGUUUACAAUUUAAGGAUUCGAGCCUCUGAUUGGGGUAUACCAUAUCGCCGAGAAGUUGAAGUUCCUGUUACUAUUAUUUUAAAUAACUUGAAUGACAAUAUACCUCUGUUUGAGAAAAUAAAUUGUGAGGGAAUAAUCCCCAGGGACCUUGGUGUUGGAGAACAAAUAACAACCGUAUCUGCUAUCGAUGCUGAUGAGCUCCAGUUGGUGAGAUACCAAAUUGAAUCUGGAAAUGAACUGGAUUUAUUUAGCCUAAACCCGAAUUCUGGAGUACUUUCUCUCAAACAAUCACUAAUAGAUGGCCUAGGUGCUAAAAUGUCUUUUUACAGUUUGAAAAUUACAGCUACAGAUGGAGAGAACUUUGCAAAACCAUUGUAUAUCAACAUAACUGUAGCUAAUAGUCGCAAACCAGUGAACUUGCAGUGUGAAGAAACUGGUGUUGCCAAAAUGCUUGCAGAGAAACUCUUACAAGCAAAUAAGUUGCACAAUCGUGGAGAAGUUGAGGAUGCUUUCUUUGAUACUCACUCUGUGAAUCUGCAUGCGCCUCAGUUUAGAAGUACUCUUCCCAGUAGCAUUGAGAUAAAAGAAGACCAACCUGUGGGCUCUAGCGUAAUAUCUGUGAAUGCUGCUGAUCUUGAUACUGGCUUCAAUGGAAAGCUAGUGUAUGUUAUUUCUGGAGGUAAUGAGGACAGUAGUUUCAUUGUUGAUAUGGAAAGAGGAGUGCUGAAAAUUCUAUCUCCCCUUGACCGAGAACUAAAAGAUAAAUAUACUCUCAAUAUUACUGUCUAUGAUCUUGGAAUACCACAGAAGUCUGCCUGGACCCUUUUAGAUAUAAAAAUUUUGGAUGCUAAUGACAACCCACCGGAGUUCCUCCAAGACAGCUAUUUCGUUGAAGUAAGUGAAAACCAAGAGCCCAACAGUGAAAUAAUUCAAGUUGGAGCUACUGAUAAGGAUUUAGGGGCUAAUGGAGAAGUGAAAUACUCUCUUCUUACAGAUACAGACAAGUUUACUAUUAAUUCUGUGACAGGAGUUGUGAAAGUUGUAGGGGUCCUGGAUCGGGAGGAGCAGCACAUUUAUUUGUUGAAAAUUGAGGCUAGGGACCAAUCUACUGAAGAACCUCAAUUAUUUUCAACAGUUAUUCUGAAGGUGGCUGUAGAAGAUGUAAAUGACAAUCCUCCCAAAUUUAUUCCUUCAAAUUAUCAUGUGAAAAUCCGAGAAGAUCUUCCUGAGGGAACAAUUAUUACAUGGCUAGAAGCCUACGAUCCUGAUUUGGGCCAGUCAAGUCAAGUACGGUACAGUCUUUUGGACAGUGGAGACGGCACCUUUGAUGUUGACAAAAUAAGUGGAGCAAUACGUGUUGUACAAAGACUGGAUUAUGAAAAGAAACAAUUUUAUAACUUGACCGUGCGGGCCAAGGACAAGGGAAAACCCGUUUCGUUGUCCUCUACCUGUUACGUUGAGGUUGAGGUAGUUGAUGUGAAUGAAAACUUGCACCCCCCACGGUUCUCCAUAUUUGCAGAUAAAGGCUUCAUAAAGGAAGAUGCUCCUGUUGGCUCCUCAGUAAUGACAGUUUCUGCUUACGAUGAAGAUGCAGGACGAGAUGGGGAGAUCAGAUAUUCCAUCCGAGAUGGAUCGGGUUUAGGAGUUUUUCGAAUAGAUGAGGAAAAAGGCAUUAUUGAGACUGCAGACCACCUGGAUCGUGAGACCACUUCGCAUUACUGGCUUACUGUUUAUGCAACAGACCAAGGCGUUGUGCCUUUAUCAUCUUUCAUUGAAAUCUACAUAGAAGUUGGGGAUGUCAAUGAUAACGCUCCUCAGACCACAGAACCAGUUUAUUACCCAGAGGUCAUGGAAAACUCACCUAAAGAUGUGUCUGUCAUUCAGAUUGAGGCAUUUGAUCCAGAUUCGAGCUCAAGUGACAAACUAACCUACAAGAUUACAAGUGGAAAUCCACAGGGAUUCUUCUCAAUAAACCCCAAAACCGGGCUAAUUACAACCACAUCCAGAAAACUAGACCGAGAGCAGCAGGGAGAGCACAUACUGGAGGUAACGGUAACAGACAACGGUACUCCCGCAAAAUCAACAAUUGCACGGGUGGUUGUGAAGGUCUUAGAUGAGAAUGACAACAAGCCACAAUUCUUGCAAAAAUUCUACAAAAUUCGGCUUCCGGAGCGUGGUAAGCCUGAGCGAGAGAGAGCUGCCAGGAGAGAGCCAAUCUAUCGAGUUAUUGCUGCAGAUAAAGAUGAAGGCCCCAAUGCAGAGAUCUCCUACAGCAUUGAAGACGGUGAUGAACAUGGCAAAUUCUUUAUUGAACCAAAAACUGGAGUGGUUUCAUCAAAGAAGUUUUCUGCAGCAAGGGACUACGAUAUCCUUUCAAUUAAAGCUGUAGAUAAUGGUCGCCCACAAAAAUCUUCGACUACGCGGCUUCACAUAGAAUGGAUUCCAAAGCCUGUCCCACCCACAGAGCCUAUUUAUUUUGAGGAAUCAUUUUUUUCUUUUACGGUGAUGGAAAGUGACCCAGUUGCUCACAUGAUUGGUGUAAUAGCUGUUGAACCUCUUGGAACACCACUUUGGUUUGACAUAACGGGAGACAAGCUUGCUAGUGAAGUAUUUUACAUCUUACAGAUGGCUUGUGACCUGAACUGUACAGCAGAAGGUGGCAACUAUGACAGUGGAUUUGAUGUGGACAAGGGCACAGGAACUAUCAUUGUUGCAAGACCUCUUGAUGCAGAACAGAAAUCAAAUUACAACUUGACAGUAGAAGCAACAGAUGGAACCAGAACUAUCAGCACUCAGGUGUACAUCAAAGUCAUAGACACAAAUAAUCACAGGCCUCAGUUUUCUGCUUCAAAAUAUGAAGUUGUUAUUCCUGAGGAUACCUUACCAGAGACAGAAAUUCUGCAAGUCAGUGCUACAGACAGAGAUGAGAAGAAUAAACUGAUUUACACUAUGCAGGGCAGCACUGAUCCCAUUAGUCUUAAGAAAUUUCGUCUGGACCCUGCAACUGGCUCUCUUUAUACCUCAGAAAAACUGGAUCACGAGACCAUGAACCAGCACAUUCUCACAAUAAUGGUGCGAGACCAGGAUGUUCCUGUGAAGCGCAACUACGCCAGGGUGGUGGUCAGUGUCAGCGACACCAACGAUCACGCGCCGUGGUUCACCAGCCCUGCCUAUGAGGGACGAGUGCACGAGUCAGCAGCUGUUGGAUCAGCGGUGCUCCAGGUUACGGCACUGGAUAAGGACAAAGGGAAAAAUGCAGAAAUCGUUUACUCCAUUGAAUCAGGGAAUAUUGGAAAUUCCUUCCUUAUUGAUCCCAUUUUGGGUAUGAUUAAAAUUGCAAAGGAAUUAGAUCGUAGUAACCAGGAAGAAUACAACCUGAUGGUAAAAGCUACAGAUAAAGGACAUCCUCCAAUGAGUGAAGUGACCUCUGUGCACAUAUUUGUUACAGUUUCUGAUAAUGCCUCACCAAAAUUCACAGCCAAAGAAUAUUCUACAGAAAUCACUGAAAGUGCCAACAUUGGCAGUUUUGUUGGAAUGGUUACAGCGUACAGUCAGUCUUCUGUAGUUUAUGAAAUAAAAGAUGGUAAUUCAGAUGAUGCCUUUGCUAUCAACCCCAACUCAGGUGUCAUCAUUACUCAGAAGAUACUUGAUUUUGAGACUUUGCCUUCUUAUGCUCUUACUGUGCAAGGAACAAACAUGGCUGGCUUGUCCAGUAAUGCAACAGUUUUGGUACAUCUUCGGGAUGAGAAUGACAAUGCACCAAUUUUCAUGCAGGCUGAAUAUACAGGGCUCAUCAGUGAAUCAGCUUCAAUUAACAGUGUGGUUCUGACUGACAAGAAUAUCCCAUUAGUAAUUCGAGCUACAGACGCUGAUAAAGAAUCUAAUGCUUUGCUUGUUUAUCAAAUUGUUGAACCAUCUGUGCGCCAGUAUUUUGCCAUUGAUUCGAGCACUGGUGCCAUUCGGACAGUAAUGAGUCUGGACUAUGAGGAGACAAAUAUUUUCCGCUUUUCAGUGCAAGUACAUGAUACAGGCACACCACGUCUAUAUGCGGAAUAUGCAGCUAAUGUUACUAUUUAUGUGAUUGACAUCAACGAUUGCCCUCCCGUGUUUUCAAGAGAGCUAUAUGAGACAUCCCUUCUGGUUCCAACUUAUAAAGGCGUGAAAGUCAUCAGUGUAAAUGCCACUGAUGCAGAUUCAGGCAUUUUUUCCCAAUUAAUUUAUUCCAUUAUUGAAGGCAACAUUGGAGAAAAAUUUUCAAUAAACCCUAAGACUGGCGAUAUAACAGUACAAAACACAACUCAGUUAAGAAGCAGAUAUGAGUUAACUGUGAGAGCAUCUGAUGGCAGAUUUGCAAGCACUGCAUCUGUAAAAAUUAAUGUGAAAGAAAGCAAAGCAAGCCAGCUGAAGUUCACACAGAGUUCUUACUCUGCAACAGUGCAGGAGAAUUCCACAGAGGCAAAAACAAUAGCUGUUGUUACUGCUAUAGGGAAUCAAAUGAAUAAGCCUUUGUUUUACCAUAUUCUAAAUCCAGACAGCAGAUUCAAAAUAAGCCAAACUUCAGGAGUCCUUUCCACAACAGGAAUACCAUUUGAUCGUGAACAGCAAGAAUCUUUUGAUGUGGUCGUGGAAGUGACAGAGGAAAAUAAACCAUCAGUUGUUGCACACAUUGUAGUUAAAGUCACAGUAGAAGAUGUAAAUGAUAACAUUCCAUUUUUUGUCAAUCUUCCGUAUUAUGCUGCUGUUAAAGUAGACUCGGAAGCAGGCCAUGUUGUUCAACGUGUGACAGCAGUAGAUAAAGAUACAGGCAAAAAUGGAGAGGUGCGUUACUAUCUCAAAGAACAUCAUGAACAUUUCCAAAUUGAUCCUACUGGUGAAAUCUCCCUGAAGAAGAAGUUUGAACCAGACACACUAAAUAAGGAGUAUCUGGUCACAGUAGUGGCAAAAGAUGGAGGAGACCCUGCAUUUUCAGCUGAAGUUACAGUCCCAAUUACAGUUAUGAGUAAAGCUAUGCCAGUGUUUGAAAAGCCUUUCUACAGUGCAGAGAUACCAGAAAACAUUCAGCUCCACAGUCCUGUGGUACACGUACAAGCAAACAGCCCUGAAGGACUCAAGGUGUUUUACAGCAUCACAGGUGGAGAUCCUUUCAAUCAGUUCACUAUCAACUUCAACACUGGAGUUAUAAAUGUUGUUGCCCCUCUUGACUUUGAGUCUCAUCCAGCCUAUAAACUGAGCGUUCGAGCAACUGACUCCCUAAAUGGGGCACAUGCUGAUGUGUUUGUAGACAUAAUAGUGGAAGACAUCAAUGACAAUCCUCCUGUGUUCACAGAGCAGUCUUACAUUGCAACACUUUCUGAAGCAUCUGUUGUUGGAACAUCUGUUGCACAAGUGAGCGCUACAGAUGCCGAUUCUGGAACCAACAGGGGAAUUUCCUAUCACUUGGUUGAGGAUAAUAGUGAAAGUCAUGACUACUUUCACGUAGAUAGCAGCACUGGACUCAUUCUUACAGCAAAAACUUUGGACUACGAACAAAUUAAGCAGCACAAGUUACUAAUAAGGGCCAUAGAUGGUGGCAUGCUGCCCUUGAGUAGUGAUACUAUUGUAACUGUGGAUGUAACUGAUCUCAAUGAUAACCCGCCUCUUUUUAGCCAAUUGCUUUAUGAAGCCAAAAUUAGUGAACUGGCUCCUCGAGGACAUUUUGUGACAUGUGUGCAAGCCUCAGAUGCUGAUAGCUCAGAUGUUGGCAAGCUGGAGUACUCCAUUCUGACAGGCAAUGAUCAGAAGAAUUUUGUGAUUGAUAGUAAAACUGGCAUUAUCACCAUCUCAAACCUACGCAGACAGACACUGAAGUCACAUUAUAAUCUUAAUGUGUCGGUUUCUGAUGGUGUCUUCAGAAGCUCAGCCCAAGUCCAUAUAAGUGUAAUCAGUGCCAACAUGCACAGUCCUGUUUUCAGCCAGAAUGAGUAUGAGGUUGAACUAGCGGAAAAUGCUCCACUGCAUACUUUGGUUACUGAAGUUAAAGCUACAGAUGAAGACUCUGGUACACAUGGCCGCAUCACUUACCACAUUGUAAAUGACUUUGCCAAAGACAGAUUUUAUACAAAUGAGAGAGGGCAGAUAUUUACCUCUGAAAAGCUUGACCGUGAAACUCCAGCAGAAAAAGUCAUUGCCAUUAGUUUAAUGGCCAAAGAUUCAGGAGGGAAAGUUGCUUUCUGUACUGUUAAUGUCAUACUUACAGAUGACAAUGAUAAUGCUCCUCAAUUCCGAGCAACAGAGUAUGAAGUAAACAUCGGGACUGAUGUUCCACGGGGUACUUCGGUCAUUAAAGUCUGGGCAUCUGAUGCUGAUGAAGGUACAAAUGCAGACAUCACAUAUUCUAUUGAAGCAGAGUCUGAAAACGUAGAAGAGAAUUUAGAAAUUGAUUCAUUGUCUGGUAUAAUUACUACAAAAGAAAGCUUAAUUGGUUUGGAAAAUGAGUUUCUUACUUUCCUUGUUAGAGCAAUUGAUGGUGGAUCCCCCCAGAAAGAGUCAGUUGUUCCUGUCUAUGCUAGAAUACUCCCACCAGAAGUGUCUACACCAAAAUUUUCAGAACCAUUUUAUUCUUAUACUGUCUCUGAGGACAUUCCAAUUGGAACUGUGAUAGAUGUUAUCAAAGCAGAGCAUAAUCAGACCUUGGUGUAUAGUCUGAUUAAAGGGAACACUCCUGAAAGCAACAGAGAUGACUUUUUUGUGAUUGACCGACAGACUGGAGAGUUGAAACUUGAGAAGAACCUUGAUCAUGAAACAACUAAGUGGUACCAGUUCUCAGUUCAAGCACAGUAUGCAAAUGAAGAUUAUAAUGUUGUUUCCUCAGUAGAGGUUAGCAUUCAAGUAAAAGACACAAAUGAUAACAAACCCAUUUUGGAAUCCAACCCAUAUGAAGCAUUCAUUGUAGAAAACACACCAGCUGGAACAAGAGUCAUACAGGUUAAAGGAACUGACUUAGAUUCAGGACUCAAUGGGCAGGUUACUUACAGCUUGGAUCCUUCUCAAGAGCCUGACAUUAUAGAAUCUUUCACCAUAAACAUGGAAACUGGCUGGAUUACCACUCUGAAAGAACUUGAUCACGAGAAACGAGACAAAUACAAGAUCACAGUGGUUGCAUCUGACCGGGGUGAAAAGAUCCAGCUGUCUUCUAUGGCUGUGGUUGAAGUUACUGUCACAGACGUGAAUGACAAUCCUCCACGGUUCACUGCAGAGAUUUAUAAGGGAACAGUCAGUGAGGACGACCCUCCUGGAGGGGUAAUUGCCAUCCUGAGUACAACAGAUGCUGAUACAGAAGAAACCAAUAGACAAGUCUUUUAUUACAUCACAGGAGGUGAUCCUUUGGGACAGUUUGCUAUUGAAAAUUUACAGAAUGAAUGGAAGGUCUAUGUCAAAAAGCCUCUGGACAGGGAAGAAAAGGAUAAUUAUCUUCUAAAUAUUACAGCUACUGAUGGGACCUUUGCAGCUAAAGCUGUGGUGGAGGUUAAAGUCCUUGAUGCUAAUGAUAAUAGCCCUGUUUGUGAAAAGACUUUAUAUGCUGAUUCAGUUCCUGAAGAUGCCCUUCCUGGCAAGCUGAUAAUGCAGGUGUCUGCUACAGAUGCAGAUAUUCGUUCCAAUGCAGAAAUUACUUACACACUGCAUGGCACAGGAGCAGAAAAAUUCAGACUUGCUCCAGACUCAGGUGAACUGAAAACAUUAAUGGCACUUGAUCGUGAGCAGCAAGCAGUUUAUCAUCUUCUAGUGAAAGCCACAGAUGGAGGAGGAAGAUUCUGCCAAGCUAACAUUAUCCUAACUCUGGAAGAUGUGAAUGAUAAUGCCCCAGAAUUUACAACUGACAGUUACUCCAUUACAGUAUUUGAGAACACAGAGCCUGGAACCCUUUUGACAAGAGUGCAGGCAACAGAUGCAGAUGCAGGGUUGAACCGUAAAAUCCAUUAUGCGCUGGUGAACUCUGCAGAGGGGCAGUUCUCUAUUGAUGAAUUCUCUGGAAUCAUUCGUUUGGAGAAGCCUUUGGAUCGGGAAUUACAAGCUGUGUACACAUUAACUUUGAAGGCCACAGAUGAAGGCUUACCCAGAAGACUGUCUUCAACAAGUAGUCUCAUAGUUUCUGUUUUGGAUAUUAACGACAAUCCACCCGUAUUUGAGCAUAGGGAGUACAGUGCAAGUGUGUCAGAGGACAUUCUGGUGGGAACCGAAGUUCUCCAGAUCUAUGCUGCCAGCAGAGACAUUGAAGCCAACGCUGAAAUCACGUACUCGAUAGUCAGUGGGAACGAACAUGGAAAAUUCAGCAUCGAUUCAACAACAGGAGCCAUUUUCAUCAUUGAGAGUUUGGAUUAUGAAAGUUCUCAUGAGUACUACCUGACAGUGGAAGCCACAGAUGGAGGCACACCUUCAUUAAGUGAUGUUGUAACAGUGAACAUUAAUGUCACGGAUAUCAACGACAAUUCUCCCGUGUUUAGCCAAGACACUUACACUGCAGUAAUCAGUGAAGAUGCUAUGCUUGAACAGUCAGUUAUUACAGUUAUGGCAGAUGAUGCUGAUGGACCUUCCAACAACCACAUUCACUACACAAUAAUAGAUGGGAAUCAAGGAAAUCCUUUUACAAUUGACCCUACCAGAGGUGAAAUAAAAGUGACUAAGCUUCUAGACAGAGAAAAGAUUUCAGGAUAUACCUUGACAGUUCAAGCUUCAGAUAAUGGAAGCCCACCUAAACUUAACACAACUACAGUAAACAUUGAUGUUUCUGAUGUAAAUGAUAAUCCUCCAGUGUUCUCAAAAGGAAACUAUAGUGUUAUCAUCCAGGAAAAUAAACCUAUUGGAUUCAGUGUGCUGCAGCUAGUGGUGACAGACAGGGAUUCUUCUCACAACGGCCCUCCUUUUCUCUUCACCAUCCUGACUGGAAACGAAGAGAGAACUUUCCAGAUUACCCAGCAGGGAGUUCUGACCACAAGCGCUGCCCUGAAUCGCAAAGUGAGAGAUCACUAUUUGCUUCAUGUCAAGGUGUCAGAUAACGGAAAACCACCGUUGUCAUCUUUGACUUACAUUGAUAUUAGAGUUAUUGAGGAAAGCAUUUAUUCUCCAGCAAUACUGCCUCUGGAAAUCUUUAUCACAGCCUUUGGGGAAGAAUAUUCAGGUGGUGUCAUUGGAAAAAUUCACGCAACCGAUCAAGAUGUUUAUGAUACCUUGACAUACAGUCUGGACCCCAAAAUGGAAUCCCUGUUCUCUGUUUCCAGUACUGGUGGCAAACUAAUAGCACACAAAAGGUUAGAUGUAGGACAGUACCUCCUAAAUGUCACUGUUACAGAUGGAAAAUUUACAGCUGCAGCUGAUAUUACUGUACACAUCAGACAAAUCACACAAGAGGUAUUAAAUCACAGUAUCGCAAUACGCUUUGCAAACCUGUCCCCCGAAGAAUUCAUCGGUGAUUACUGGCGCAAUUUCCAGAGAGCAUUGAGAAACAUCUUGGGCGUGAGGAGAAACGACAUCCAGAUUGUUAGUUUGCAGCCUUCUGAGCCUCCUUCUAAUCUGGAUGUCCUCCUGAAUAUUGAAAAGUCUGGCAGCUCUCACCACCCAAUGAGAAUUUUGCUCCACAAGAUAAACUCUUCUGUGCCUGACCUAGAGGAGAUUUUAGGUGUCCGGAUAAUUGACGUGUUUCAUAAGCUCUGUGCCGGCCUUGAUUGUCCUUUGAAAUUUUGUGAAGAGAAAGUAACGGUGGAUGAGAACACCAUGUCAACACACAGCACAGCCAGGCUGAGCUUCGUCACUCCCCGUCAUCACAGAACAGCAGUUUGCCUUUGUAAAGAAGGGAAAUGCCCCCUGGUAAGCAGUGUGUGUGAAGGAAAUCCAUGUCCUGAAGGUACUGAAUGUUUAGGAGAUCCAAAGGAAGGAAAAUACACCUGUGUUUGCCAAGACAGCAAAGCUGGACAAUGUCCUGCAUCAGCUGGCUCCGCUGUGACAUUUACUGGGAGCAGCUAUGUGAAAUAUCGUCUCAUGGAAAAUGAGAACAAAGAGGAAAUGAAGCUGACAAUGAGACUUAGAACUUACUCUGCUCAUGCAGUUGUUAUGUAUGCUCGAGGAACAGACUACAGUAUCUUAGAGAUCCAUCAUGGAAGGCUGCAAUAUAAAUUUGAUUGUGGCAGUGGACCCGGGAUUGUCUCUGUUCAGAGCACUCAGAUAAACGAUGGCCAGUGGCAUUCCGUGUCUCUUGAGGUGGAUGGAAACUAUGCACGACUUGUUCUGGACAGGGUGCAUACUGCAUCUGGUACUGCUCCUGGUACACUUAGGACACUCAACCUGGACAAUCACGUGUUCUUUGGUGGUCAUAUUCGUCAGCAAGGCACACGACACGGUAGAAGUCCUCAGGUUAGCAAUGGUUUCAGAGGCUGUAUGGAUUCCAUUGUACUGAAUGGACAAGAGCUGCCCCUAAGCAGCAAGCCACGGAGUUAUGCACACAUGGAGGAAUCUGUAGAUGUCACUCCUGGGUGCUUGCUGACUGCCACAGAUGGAUGUUCGAGCAGCCCCUGUCAGAAUGGAGGCAUCUGCAACGCACUCUCAAAUGGAGGUUACUACUGCAAGUGUGCACCUUUGUUUAUGGGAACUCACUGCGAUGUAAGUGUCAACCCAUGUGCCUCCAACCCCUGCCUUUAUGGUGGGACUUGCAUCCCAGUCAGUGAUGAUUUCAUCUGCCAGUGCCGAGGACAAUAUACAGGUCAAAGAUGCCAGCUGGGUCCAUAUUGCAAAGACAAUCCUUGCAAAAACAGUGGCAAGUGUAUUGACAGUUUGGAUGGACCUGUUUGUGAGUGUGAAGCAGGCUUUCGUGGAGAAAGGUGCCUGACUGAUGUCGAUGAAUGCGUAGAAAACCCAUGUCUCAAUGGUGCCCUUUGUGAGAAUACUUAUGGCUCAUACCACUGCAACUGUAGUCGUGGAUUUGGAGGCAAACACUGCACAGACAUUGUUCUCAAUAAAUAUGUUUCGACAUCUUGGAACAUUGGCUUAGCUGAAGUGAUUGGGAUUAUUGUUUUCGUCGCAGGAAUCUUCUUGUUAGUUGUGAUUUUUGUUGUUUGCCGCAAAGUGGUUGGUAGGAAGAAGAAGCACCAGCCAGAACCUGAAGACAAGCAACUGGGAGCUACGACAGCCUUCUUGCAAAGACCGUGUUUUGAUGCAAAAUUGAAUAAGAACAUCUAUUCUGACAUCCCACCACAGGUUCCUGUUCGUCCCAUUUCAUACACUCCAAGCAUUCCAAGCGACUCCAGGAACAAUCUUGACAGGAAUUCUUUUGAAGGGUCUGCUAUCCCUGAGCACCCUGAGUUUAGUACUUUUAACCCAGACUCUGUACAUGGCCACCGGAAAGCUGUAGCUGUUUGCAGUGUUGCGCCAAACUUGCCACCUCCACCUCCCUCCAACUCACCUUCAGACAGUGAUUCAAUACAGAAACCCAGCUGGGAUUUUGACUAUGACACUAAAGUAGUAGAUCUUGACCCCUGCCUUUCUAAGAAGCCUCUGGAUGAAAAGAACUCCCAUACUUACAGUGCAAGAGAAAGCAUGUCUGAGGUCCAGUCUCUCAGCUCCUUCCAGUCUGAAUCCUGUGAUGACAAUGCUUCCGUAGUGACUGUAAUACACCUUGUCAAUGCUGUUGUUGACUCGGUGGAAAAAGAAGAAUCUUUUGCUGUUCCUGACCUCAGCAAUUCAAGAGGUUAUCACUGGGAUACAUCGGAUUGGAUGCCAAGUGUUCAGUUGCCAGGUAUCCAGGAGUAUCCAAAUUACGAAGUGGUGGAGGAGUCAGCUCCCCUCUACACUGAUCCAAAUGCCAUCGAUACAGACUAUUACCCUGGUGGUUAUGACAUAGAGAGCGAUUUUCCACCUCCACCUGAUGAUUUCCAUGCACCCGAUGAGCUUCCACCGUUACCACCCGAAUACAGCGACCAGUUUGAGUCGAUACAGCCGCCCAGAGACAUGCCAGCCGUAGGUAGCUUGGGUUCUUCCGCAAGGAGCAGGCAGAGAUUUAACCUUAACCAGUACCUUCCCCAUCACUACCCUGCAGACAUGUCAGAACCUCAGACCGCCCCCGGCGGCGGCUACAGAGAGCCGUACGCUCCCUACUCGCUGGGCUUCAGCCCAGACUUUGAGGCAGCCCCUGCAGACAACAUGUCCGUGUCUGUGUACGCUUCCACGGCCUCCUGCUCGGACGUGUCGGCGUGCUGCGAAAUGGAGUCUGAAGUCAUGAUGAGUGACUAUGAGAGCGGAGACGAUGCUCACUUCGAAGACGUGAAAAUUCCUCCGCUUGAUUCCCAGCAACAUACAGAAGUCUGACACACUCAACAAAAGUGCCUGGACUCUAACGAACUUUAUCAAAUCUAGAACAAUUUUCAAGAGCUUUUUUAUUUUUUCCUUUUUUUUUUUUUUUCCCAACCACGGUGAAUGCUUUUGUUUCAGUGAGCUAAACUGGCAUGGCAGCAUUGGAUCAUGCAAUUCAUUUCACUAAAUGAACCUCUUUCCAUUUCCUGACCUACUGUAUUUGGAAAGUUCUAAGAUUUCCACUGGCAGUGCCAUUUCUGAACAUCCUUUAUGUACUUACAUUUUCUAUGUUAAAAAAAAUCACAUACCACUUCUCCAUGUUAGCAUGAUGCGUAUAUUUAUAUAGUUCUAAUGCAAUUAAUUUUCUCCUAUUUUUUGUAAAUUUUAUGUACAGUUUUGAUUUUAAUAGUUUUAACUAGGUUUUGUAGAUAUUUUGUGAAUUUGUUUUCCACUGAAACUAGUGGUGUUAGUGUGCCAUUUAAAAUGAGCACCCUGACUUAUUAUAAUCAGGGCAUCACUGUAUGUAUUCCCCUGAAAAACUAAGGUUUGACAUUUCAUUGUAAAACAUUCAACAUAUUCACACAAUUUCAAUUGUACAUACAUUAGGUCUGAUAUUUUUCUGGGUCAGCUAUAUGGAAAUGUCUUAAAUGGGUUGCUGUAUUUUAGAACUGUAAACAUUUUUUCCCUUCUUGGAAAGUGUGUUGGGGACCCUCUGCAUACCAGUUUAGAACCAAAACCACCAUGACACAGUUUUUAUAGUGUCUGUAUAUUUGUGAUCCAAUGGUCUUGUAAAGGUUUUUACUGAAAAUUACCAUUAGCCAGUCUUUCUUACUGACAAUAAAUUAUUAAUAAAAUAC